AAUACAACCAAACGUAAAAUCUUAAAUUGUUUUCUGACCUACUCAUUAUUAAAAUUAGUUAAUUAUGUCCACAUACAAUAUCUGUGUACGUUUUUUUUUCAUUUUUCUCUGAUUAAAUUGUUGUCUGGACAGAUAAAUAGUGUUUGAGUGUAGGUGUUAGUGGUUUUGGUAAUAUUUCAAUAUUCUUAAUAACAGGGCUAAUAAAACAGCAAAUUUCUUUGAAAUGGAGUUUCCCACCUUACCCUUUAAUGCGUCAGAUUCAAAUGAUUAUCCAGGAUCUGCUCAAAUCCCACUGUCAAGCUCAAAAGACGACAGUAAACGGCGCAGUUCAUCAAGAUCCAUCAAGAGACGUCGUUUUGAUGAUGAACUAGUUGAAUAUAGCUUAGGAUUGCCGGGGGCUUCAGUUGGGAAAGGUGACAAAAGAAUGCGCACACAAUCUUAUACCAGUAGUAGUCUACCAGAUUUACCAAUCCCUGCUAAUGUACCGGUUACAUCUAAUAAUACUACACAUGAGCGCCGACGUCACUCUAGCAAAGUUUCUGGAAUCAUGAGCGGCGGGAAGAAGGCCCGUCGUAAAGGGCACCUCAGUCAAUUGUCAACUAAAGAUUUAGGUCGCUGGAAGCCUACUGAUGACCUUGCUUUAAUUCUAGGAGUUCAACAGACAAAUGACCUCCGUAUAGUACAUCGAGGUAUCAAAUUCUCAUGCCGAUUCACAGUAAGUGAACUACAAUCCCGAUGGUAUGCUUUACUCUAUAAUGCGGAAAUAUCACGAGUGGCAGUGGCUGCUAUGAGAAAUCUUCAUCCAGACUUAGUUGCUGCAGUUCAACAGCAAGCUUUGUAUUCGACAAGCGAGGAGGAGUUGCUUGGAACAUUGAGUAGUACUUCACAUCCAACUUUGGAGAAAUUUCAAGAGUUACUUGAUCAGAACCCUCAUGUAUUCUACCCGACGAGAACAUCUAAGACGUUGAUGGCACACUGGCAGCUUUUAAAACAAUAUCAGCUCUUGCCAGAUCAAACUGUGCUACCUUUACCAAAAAAUCAGAAUGACAAAGUGUUGACAUUCUCUGAUGCUGAGGAGACAAUGAAUGAUAAUGAACUUCCUGACUACAAGGAAGAUGGAGUAGACCUAGAAAUGCAAAUGGCUGACAGAAUUGAGAAGAAAAAUAUACGUCUACUGGAAAAUUCAUUGUCUCGGUGGCAAGUGUUGGUACAGUCGGUGGCUGGUGGUAAUGUUGAACUUGACAAGAACACACUGGCAGUGCUCCGUGGUCGUCUAGUUCGAUAUUUAAUGAGGUCCAGAGAGAUUGCCGUUGGCCGUAGCACACGAGAUCACCCCAUUGACGUCGACUUAAGUUUGGAAGGUCCCGCCGCGAAGGUAUCUAGAAAACAAGCAACAAUCCGUCUCCGUAACAGUGGUGAAUUCUUCAUGUCCUCUGAAGGAAAACGCCCUAUAUUUGUUGACGGACGUCCCGUUUUGCAGGGAAAUAAAGUCAAGCUGAAUCACAAUAGUGUAAUUGAGAUCGCGGCACUACGCUUCGUUUUUCUCGUCAACCAAGAUCUCAUCAGUGCAAUACGUCAAGAAGCCGUUAAAGUUACUAUACCUGUAUGAAAGCUCGAAUUACAAAUAAAUAAAUUAUUCAAAAUAA